AUUUUCUCUCUCCUAGAAAUAAAACCCCUAAAAACUCUGACCACACUCCUUUCAGUAGCUACCACCAGUAUUAUUCACAGGAAGAAUUUGAGGAGAGAGAAAACGAAGAAGGUCGAUAAUGGCGGUUGUCUCAACAUCUGUUGCGUCGCAAAUUAAUAACCCUAACUCGGUUGUGUCGACUCAGUUUUCUGGUCUUCGAAGAUCGUUUCUGAAGCUCGAAAGUUCCGUUUCGACUCAGUCGUCGUUUUUCCAGAAUGUCGAUUCUCAUUUGCGCUUGUCUUCCUCCUCUCGCCGUGGUCCUCGAGGUGUUGUUGCUAUGGCUGCUUCUGGGAAGUUCUUUGUUGGUGGCAACUGGAAGUGUAAUGGGACCAAAGAAUCUAUCUCUAAGCUUGUUUCAGACUUGAACAGUGCUACACUGGAGGCCGAUGUUGAUGUUGUUGUGGCACCUCCAUUUGUUUACAUUGAUCAAGUUAAAAAUUCCCUGACCAGCCGAAUCGAAGUAUCAGCACAAAAUUGUUGGAUUAGCAAAGGUGGAGCUUUUACAGGAGAAAUCAGUGUUGAACAAUUGAAGGAUCUUGGCUGCCUGUGGGUUAUUCUUGGGCAUUCUGAGAGAAGGCACGUUAUUGGAGAAAAAGACGAGUUUAUAGGUAAAAAGGCUGCAUAUGCUCUGAGCCAAGGUGUUGGAGUGAUAGCAUGUAUUGGGGAACUGUUGGAAGAAAGAGAAGCAGGAAAAACCUUUGAUGUAUGCUACCAGCAAAUGAAGGCUUUUGCAGAUGCCUUACCUAGCUGGGAUAAUGUUGUUGUUGCUUAUGAACCUGUAUGGGCUAUUGGUACUGGUAAAGUAGCUAGCCCAGAGCAGGCUCAGGAAGUGCAUGUUGCUGUUCGAGAUUGGCUUAAAAAGAAUGUUUCUGAGGAAGUUGCUUCUAAGACACGCAUCAUUUAUGGAGGGUCUGUUAACGGAGGCAACUGUGCAGAGCUUGCAAAAAAAGAAGAUAUAGACGGCUUUCUUGUGGGAGGAGCUUCUUUGAAGGGUCCUGAGUUCGCCACCAUCAUUAAUUCUGUAACGGCGAAGAAAGUUGCUGCCUGACCAUUUUUAUGAAUAUGGCUGCAAUGGCUAUUAGAGUUUCUUGAUGAAUCGUGUUGUAACGAAGAUGUAUUCUAUUAUUGACCUGUUCUGUGUAUGUUGGAUGUUUUAUUGGGAGUUUUUAUACAUGAUCGAGAAUAAUAUGGUCAACAGGGAUUUUCAAUGAAAAUUUUGAGAAGUGGAUGUAUCUUUACAGUGUAUUAAUUAAUAAGCAAGCUUGUCAUUGAAAUGCUUUGAAUCAAUAAUAGCGUGCAAAGACCUUAUUGAUGCAUUA